UCCGGGCGCGCCGAGGCGGGGCCGGCGCCAUUGCGGCUGCGGGCCGGGGCGCGCUCGGGCGUCGCAGCCGCCGGCCCGGGCAGCGAUGCAGCGGGAGCAGGUGCCGGUGACGUUCGAGGACGUGGCCGUGUACUUCUCCCCCGAGGAGUGGGCACAGCUGACGGCGUGGCAGCGGCGGCUCUACCGGGAGGUGAUGCUGGACAACUACGACCUGGUAGCCAGCCUAGAGCGGGACCGUGGCGUGCCCGCUGCCCCCCCCCGGGCCUGCCGAGUCCGUCCCUGGUCUGUGAGGAAUAACUGCUGCAGGCUUCAAAUCCAAGCGCAUCCACAGAAUGGAGCCUGGGGAAGAGUCACAUGGGGGCGUCCCUAUCGGCAGGGGGGGACGGCAGACCUCCCAACGCCUCUGGCACCCGUGAGUGACUGCAGGGACGCUCCGUGUGGCUGGGGGCUCUGGGCUGGGGAAUUGGUGCUGAUGUAGCCA